CAAAACAACAAUCCAAAUAACUUUAAGAACAAGGGAGCCAUGGAUCUGGCAACAGGCGCCAUGGGCUCCCUGUUAACCAAGCUGGCCGAGCUCCUCACCGAGGAAUACAAGCUGCAGUCCAGCGUUAGGGAAGGCGUCGAGUCUCUCCAGAAAGAAAUGAAGAGUAUGCAGGCUGCACUCCGCAAGGUGGCCGAGGUGCCACGGGACCAGCUCGACGAGCAGGUCAAGCUUUGGGCGGGGGAGGUGAGGGAGCUAUCCUUUGACAUGGAGGACGUCGUCGACAAGUUCCUGGUCCAUGUCGACGAGAGCUCUGAGGCUGCAGCAAACUCUAACAAGCUCAAGCGGCUCACGAAGAAGAUGGCCGGCUUGUUCACCAAGGGGAAGGCUCGCCAUGAGAUCGCUGAUGCGAUCAAGGACAUCAAUAAGCAAGUCCAAGCAGUUGCUGAAAGGCGUGCAAGGUACAAUGUCGACAUUACCGUCGCUAACCUCCCUACUGUGACUUCCAUCGAUCCUCGCCUUGGGGCUAUGUACACGGAAGCAACAGGGCUUGUUGGAAUUGCCGGAACAAGGGACCAAGAGAUAAUGAAGUUGCUCUCGGAGGGGGAUGACAUGUCCAAGAAGAAUUUGAAGAUUGUCUCUGUUGUCGGAUUUGGAGGAUUGGGCAAGACCACUCUUGUCAAAACGGUCUAUGAGAAGAUCGGAGGCGAUUACGACUGCAAGGCUUUUGUUCCUGUCGGUCGAAAGGCUGAGGCAAAGACGGUUUUCACAAAUAUCCUUCUUAAUCUUGGCGUGAAUGGAAGUGAGCUCAUCAUGUUGAAUGAGCAACUGCUCAUCGACAAACUCCGGGAACUUCUCGAGAAGAAGAGGUACCUCAUUGUAAUUGAUGAUAUAUGGGAUGCGAAAUUAUGGACAGUCAUCAACUACGCAUUCUCCAAGGGUAACAAUACUGGUAGUCGGCUAAUCACGACAACUCGUAUAGUCGAUAUAUCUAAAUUAUGUUGCUCGUCUACUAAUGAUUCAGUUUAUCAAAUGGAACCUCUUAGUGAUGAUGAUUCCAAAAGGCUCUUCCAUAAACGGAUAUUUUCUCAUGAGAGUGGGUGUCCUCGUGAAUUUGAAGAAGUAUCUAGGGAUAUAUUGAAGAAAUGUGGUGGUGUGCCAUUAGCCAUUAUUACUAUAGCGAGUGUUUUGGCUAGCAACCAAAAAGUAAAUUCACAUGAUGAGUGGAAGGCUUUGCUAGAUUCUAUUGGGCGUGGACUUACCAAAGACCGCAGUGUGGAGGAGAUGCUGAGGAUACUAUCGUUCAGCUAUUAUGACCUGCCGUGUCAUCUGAAGACAUGCUUAUUAUAUCUAAGCAUGUUUCCGGAAGAUAGCGAGGUCAUGAAAGAUGAGCUGAUAUGGAUGUGGAUUGCUGAGAAUUUUAUCCAAUGUGAAACAGAAAAAAUUAGUCUCUUUCAGAUUGGAGAAACUUACUUUAAUGAGCUAGUGAACAGAAGCCUUCUCCAGCCGGUAUACGAUAAUUAUGGCAUUGUACAUGCCUGCCGUGUACACGACAGUGUGCUGGAUCUAAUUUGUCAAUUGUCAAGGGAAGAGAACUUUGUCAGUAUACUGGAUGGUAGCAUGUCAUCUCAGUGCAAUAUCCGCAGGCUAUCCCUCCAGAAGAUUAAUGAAGAAGAGCAUGAGACCACACCUCUCGAAUCUGUGAGUAUGGUACAAGUGAGGUCCAUUGCAACAUUUGAACCCGCUACUGGUCUGAUAUCUCGUCUCUCAAGCUUUGUUGUUUUACGUGUAUUGAAUUUGAGUACAUGUGCACUUGGUGAUCAUAACCUUGGGGAGUUGUGGAGUUUAGUUCACCUGAGGUACCUAGGCCUAUCCAAUACAGGACUAGGUGAGCUCUCGGAAGAGGUUGGAAAGCUGCAGUUUUUGCAGGUGCUGGAUGUGAGUGGAAACCCUGAUAUAGAAGAACUGCCAUCGAGUGUUAUUAAACUGAGAAGAUUGACGUGCCUACUUUAUAGUAGAAGUUGCAAUCGUCUUCCAGAUGGGAUUGGAAACCUGACAGCAAUGGAAGAGUUGAGUUCUAUCCAUGGUGACUCUCUAAGCAUUGUGAAAGAGAUGGGCAACAUGAAAAGAAUGAGGAAGUUUGAAAUUAAGUUUGAGCAUUUGAGCUUGGAGUUGGAGGAAGCUUUUGUGAAGUCACUAGGGGAGAUGUCCAACGUCCAAAGUGUAACCAUUAGUAAUCAUCGUGGAUCUAAAAUGAUGGAUCUCUUGGGGGAAAAGUGGGUUCCCCCUCGAGGUCUCCGGGAAUUGAAAGCACGUGGUGUAUUGAGAUUCUCUAGGCUGCCAGCAUGGAUAAGAGAGAACCCCUCGCAGAUGUCGCAGCUCUCAUGGUUAGAAAUUGGCCUGACGGAGGUGCGACAGGUGGAUCUGAGACUGCUUGGAAGGUUGCCGGCUCUUCAGAUUCUCUUACUGGAGUGCCUCCGCCAGGGGCCUCUACUGGUCGAAGCAGAUGGGUUCCGUUGUCUGACACUGUUCUACUUGUGGUCCAGUUCGCCGGGCCAAGUCGUGUUCCAGCCAGGAGCUUUGCCCAAGGCGACACAUGUUAAGCUCCGUACCGGUCUGCCGGUCGCAAAAGAGGAAGCAGACGGCAACAACAGCGGUGAUUGGUUUGACACGGGCAUAGCGGACCUGCCUUCCCUUCGGUUGGUCCGUGUCGAUUUCUGCACUUCGGUACUGCGACAGGAGGAGGCCGAGAAAGCUAGGUCUGCACUGGAGACGGCCCUCGAUGCCCAUCCUAACAGCCCCAGGCAUGACGUCUACGCAGUAGACAUGGACAGUGAUGGCGAGGAGUCAGAGUCUGACGACGGCAGGGACGGCGAGGAGUGAGUGUCAGACUGAAGAACCAGCCUGCAGGCUCUGUCAUUGUUUACUGGCGACUUGCGGCGCGUCUAGAAUAUGGCCGAUGGCAACAUGGAUCGACGACACUCGCUAUUCCUUGAGCUUCUUUCUUGGCUUAGAGGGACAAAAGAAAAGAAAAAGACAAAAAAAAGGAAAAUUACAAAAAAAUAUUCAUGCACUAUUUGUCUUACACCAAAAAAAGGCAGUGGGAGGGGUGCGGGGAGUGUAUGAAAAUCCAAAAAAAAAAAAUUAUAGCUCUACGUGUGCUUUUUUCUCUCGCUUAAGAGGGGCUUGCUUUUUCCAGAACUUAUGCGUCUAUCUAUUUUAUUUUUCUCAAUUAUUAUUGAUUGUUUUUUAAAUAUCUUUUAAACCAAAAUGUAUUUUUUGCUUUGUAACGCGUGGUGUCAUAUUGCUUCAAGCAAAGAAAAUCCAAAAAAAUAGGUUUGAGCUUUUAUGCAAUUUGUAGUUUUAUUUUUGUUUGGGUUUUUGCCUGUGGGUGGAUUUUUAGGGGUGUGGGAGGUGGGGGAACUCCGCCUAUGAUGUUGAUGCUAAGCUUAUGCUUAAUAAAAUUACUCAUAGCCGGUCCCAAGCCCGGAUAAAGGAGGAGGGUCCAACCGUAUAAACUUUAUGUUUACAAAAAAAUCAUGACUCUUUAAUAAUGUCCUUUUUUUCUUAUCAUAUUGCUCAUUUCUGUUUUGAUGGGGUUGUCAUUACAUUGACACACAUCUCCAUCAUAACGUUUCAAGGCACCAAAUUUGUUCGGUUUUCCAUUGCUAGUCUGUCAUUUGUAUAGUUUUGCAGGACUAGGAAUAUAUUUCUUUCUUGAAGCAUUUUAUAACUUCACUGUAGAAGAUAAACAAUCAAAGUUUGAAAAAUCUUAUACUAGAGAGAAAUUGCUGAGGAAGAGCAGAGCAGAGCAGUGGAGAUGGUUGCAAACUUGCAAGCCGUCCUUGGCCGCAUUGCCUGCCACACCAAGAGAAAAGAUAACAACACCUCGAUGGCGUCUGCCAUGGCUGGCGCCCAUGUCCGCACGGCUGAGCUCCGCAUGCUCGAGGCCACCAUCUCCGGUGUCCGAGGCAACGGAUACAUGUUAGGAUUCCACGAGGCCGGCGGUGGCGAGGGAAGAGACCAGGCCAGGCUCUACCCGGGCGAGCCGGCGAGGGCGAUGAAGUACCACUGCAACUUCAACCCUUUGCAUGGCGCCUGCCUCCGGCGACCUACCGGACAGCUGCCUGGUGAGUGCUCCGCCGGUUCUCUGACUGUAAUUUCCCUAGCACAGUUGAAUUAUGCAAGUUAACUCGGUGUGUGCGCGCGCGCCUUAUAGUAUCUAUAGCAAUUAUUUCAUUCGACCGUGCUAUUUAUUUGAGUGUUUCUUAUUGACAUUAAAUAACUUAUUAUUGCUGAGACAUAAUACUUUAAUGAGAUUUACUAUUAAUUGUCCAUUCUCUGUUUUCAUUAGUGUGGGAGACAGACUAUGUGCAAAUUUAUUUCUCAUGCCGCAACAGAUGUCAAUUGAUUACCUUCCAUGGGUUUUUACAAAUGGUUAAUUUAUACCUAUAUGGUGUAUGUAGUGUUAGUGUAAGUUCUUCCUUGGCUAUUAACAAAAUCGGCAAAUUUAAAUUGUGCAGUGAAAGUAUUUCUACAGGACCUUCUUUUUGUUGUGAAUUUUCAGUAAAGGUGAAACAUGUUCCAAAGAAACUCACUCAGCGCUAAUAUGCUGAAUUGCAGUGAUGCAUUGUUUGAUUUAUAGUUAGUACUGAUCUACUGAUGUUGGUAUGAUUUUCAUGGUUGGAGUGGAACCACCUUUAUAUUCUUAAGAACAGUGUUGAACAGAGUGUGAGAUUUCCAUUGGAGUAUGCUAUUUCUUGUUGAAAUGAAAUUACUUCUUGUUCAUCCAUAGCAGGGUAUUGAUAUUACUGAUUUAUAAGCAUAAAAAAGGAUUACUGAUUUAUUUACUAAGAAUUAUCUAUUCUCUGUUUUCUAAAUGAUAGAGUCGAUGGGCAAAUGUUUUUCUCUUGCCAGAACAAUGUCAGCUGCUCUCUUUCUGUGCCCUUUUACAAAUCGAGCAAUGCAUAAUUAGUACUAAUUGUAUAAUUUAUAGCUACAUGGAGUGUGUACUAUUAGUGUAAAUUCUUCCUUGGUUAAUGAUAACAUGAAAGGAACUAGCAGUGAAAUUACUUUCUGUAGGAUUUUCGUUGUUGUGAAGUUUCAGAAAGGGUACUUAAAUCACCUGUUGCAGAAAAAACCCAGUCUGUGCUAACAUGCUGAUUUGUAGCGAUGGGCUGUUUGUAUACGUUGGACAAGUUAGGAAUUUUCGGAACACUUUGUUCGAGCUGCCCUCGGAAGCUGUUGGGCUCAGAUCAAGAUACUUGAAAUAUAGAGUGCAACCAAGAACAGAACAGACUGCCAUUACUGCCAUCCCUGCCCCCAGCCUGAAUGUCUCCAUUGGGACAAGCCAACAUUCAGACUCUAGCUUCCUGACCAUAUAUACUUCUUCAAGAUGAAAUCGGAGGCCUCAAAAUCCUCCAUGAGGACCGAUGGGUAGACGUCACGCCAUUCAUCGUGAACAUCAGUGAUCCCUUAUAGCGUGGGCUCUUUAAAAAAGAAAAUUCAUCUGAUUUCCAGUGAUGGGUUGAAGAGCGGGGUGGUGGCGAAGUACUAUGCGCCGAGGGUCUCAAUCACAUGCUUCUUUCACACACAUUUCCACCCGGCCUUGAUUUGGUUGUAUGGUCUGAUCAAGGACUUGUUGUCUGAUGGAAACCCUUCAUUGUAACUGGUUUCCGGUUGUGAAUUGUGAAGUAGAGUUUGUGUACUGGUAGCAUAUUAUAGACUAUACCAGUCUAGCUGGAUCAUGUAUAGUCGAGCAGUUUGAAAUGCUAAGAAAAGUGACAGUAAAAUGGCAGUACAAGUACCAGAAUAUUGAAUGCAGACCUAAAUGGUACUACAGGAGUGCACUAGUUUGGUGUCCUGGUGCAUUUUACUAUAUCAGAACAA